GACGUGCCUAAACAUUAUCGGCUGUGCAGAAAUAUUUAAUUUACAAUUUUUUUUGAACUUGCAUGUGUUAAUAAAACCAAAAUUUUGUGAUUCGUAUUCGACUUGGAAAUUUUGAAUUCGUAUAUAAUAUAUAUAUCCACUAAAGUUAAGUGCUAAACAGAAAUUGUUGUUUUGGUGAAAAUUUUAAAAUUCAUCUUGUGUAUCGCUAUGGAUUUGCAACGUACGUGACAACGCAGCUAGCAAAAGCCACAGGCUAAAUAUCUUUCCGUUUGUUCGCAAUGCUUAAGUGGGAAAAACAUCAAAACCAAAAGCCUAUUCCCGUCAUUUAAACUCCAUACAAAUCCGGCUACACUAGCAUAACAAGGCCAUAUUUUUACACCUCACUAGCAGUGGAACCCAUCAACAACAUCCUCAAUCACAAAACGUUUUUUAAUCAAUCCACACAAAGAUCGAUCAUUGAAGUAAAUAAUUCCGCAAAGGAGAUGCCUACUAUGACGCACGUUCUCGAACGUCGACGCUUGCAACGCUACUCACUCGAUAACCAACUUGAAACGCAAUCACCACGUCGCGUCCGACACUCUCUUACCAGCGCGGCUAAUAAAGAAAACUUUGGCGUUCAUUUUACACGAAGCUCAUUUGGCAAUACCUCGCUCACCGCAUUUCAGGACCUCAGCAAUGGAAAGAGUCCUUUGCGAGUCGAUUAUACACCAACUCGUACACCUUUGCGUUGUCAUACUCAAGGCAACGUGAAUUUAAACGUUAAACGUCGCAGCGGUACCCCAACCUCGCGCAAUCGUUUUUCGGACGAUUUUGUCAAUCCGGAGACGCAGGAUACACCACUAAGUCAUUUGCGCUUCCGCAGUGCUUCCCGGGACGAUUCACUUUCUUCUUCGCGUAUGGGCGACGUAACACUUGACCGUAUGUUAGAUGCGAUUAUUGAGAGUGCACGUAAGGAUGUAAAACGUGUGCAUGUGGUUCGUUCCACAGGUAGCGAUCAGCAGCAUGAAGUAAAAACCGCGUUAAGAAGCUCUUCGCCUGCUGUUGUUAGCGACAGUGAAAUCAGCGUGCAUGAAAUGGAAGUGCGUACACCCACUCACCUCAAGCGCCAACGUGUUGUACGGCGUAAGAAUACCAAAACCACGGAGUGCCGUCGCAAAAUAGAUUCAAAAGAAACGAAAUUUUUUGGAAAUGCGACAACGCCACCACCGCAACCGCAAUCAAUGAUCGGUGUUCCACUAACCGACGGUGUACAUAGUCCGGACACACCACUUUUUAAGCCAAGUGCCGUGACCAACGCAGAGUUGUUGACGUUGCAAACACCACCAAAUUCAACAGAAAUCGAUACUUUCACGACUUCAACAACGGCCGGCGCAACGGCUGCAGAAGCUCAAUCGCAGCAGUGCUGCUCAACACCGACGUUAGAGGAGACACAUUCGAUUAAACGUUGCCUCAGCUUUUCCUCGACUAGUGAUGAUGAAUACGACGUGGAUUUUACCAACGCUGCGAAACGCAGUUCUGUCGCAUCAUCCAAUACGAGCUCUACAAUGGGCGAUCACUUCGGUUCGGGACAUACUUCAAGACAUUCUCAGGGUUCAUGGAAAGCGCCCAACAGUGCUUCAGUGCGUGGCCACGUGGAACUAUCUAUACAAGUGGAGCAGCAACAAUUAAAUGUACAUGUAAUACGUUGUCGCGAUCUACAGCGACCCAAUGGUUCAACUGCACUAAAUGCCUACGUAAAGGUUGCAUUGAUACGUAACAAACCGGCUUCUAAAAAAAUGGACAAUCACUUCCAACGCACCGCUGUACACAGGCAUUCGAGUCGACCGUACUUUGAUCAUCGCUUCAAGUUCGAUUUGGGCGCGAAACCACAGAUACAACAGCAAACAAAAGCUGAUGGCGCUAACGAACGUCUACAGCUAGCUGUGUGGCACCGAGACCGUCAACUAAAACGCAGCGAGUUUUUAGGAUGCAUGUCCUUUCCACUACACACUUUGCUGCAGCAACCCGUUAAUGGAUUCUAUAAACUGCAAUCGCAGGCAUGUCUGAAUAGACCUCAGUCGCCAAUAUUAUUGCAGUAUCCGGCCGGAGUUACACACCCAGCACAGGUCCACAGUCAGGCUCAUCAAACCCCGAGCCCAACGUCACGGAAUAACCAAAACGACAAAUUCAUUCACUUAAAUUCCCACUCGCAGCCCCAGACAGCUGUUCCGGAGACAAGUGUCGCCACCGGCAUAUGCACAAUGACAUCAACGCUGACAAGACAGAAAAGCGAAGAGGAUGUCAUGAGCAUCGACAGCAUGGCUCAGGCGACAGCUGGCAACAAUAUUGAGCAUCCGAUGACAUUGAGCCGGAAGGCUUUGCAUCAGCGUGAUGCCGAUGAAAAUCUGUUUUUACGUUUUCUCGAGUUGGACCCACCCACAGAUACAGCGCCUACUAAUGCCACCAGUGCCACACCAUCCGCUUCUGGCGGACGUCGUCUGUCCGCUACUAGUAAAACCGUUGGUCGUACACCCUUCACUAUGACUAAAAAACUGACGCGUACCGCUGAGCGUGGCUUCGGAUUUUCCAUUGUGUGGACACAUCCGCCGCGUGUCGAAAAGAUAGAACCAGGGCUCUCUGCUGAUCGGGCCGGCAUACAGCCGGGCGACUAUGUGAUUUUUGUAGACAAACAAAAUGUAGUAACCAUGCCAGAAGCGGAUGUGCUCAACUUAAUACGUUCACAAGGCUCUACGCUAACGCUAGAGGUUUUCAGACGAACCGGACCCGCAGGAGGUGUAGGACUCGGCUCCAUGCCACCAGCCCUCAGUGUUAGCAGCCGCGGACAUCCACCUGCACCGGUAAUGAAUGGAAAAGCCACACCAAACACGCGUUUAGCUAGUACCACAAGCGAUGAGCAGCAGUCAGUUACUGGCGGUCCAACGCUUUCAUCACGCCGUGUCGGCGUGCCGUCUGCGGCACCAACAGUAACUGCAGGACCAACAGCAACAGUUGCUGUCACGACCGUACGUCCGUCCACAGCCUGUUCCGGCGGCACUACCUCAUCCAUUGAGGCGGCGAAGCGGCGACUGCACCUACCGCAGGUUACGUUCAGCAAGGAGUCUAUCGGGCCGAUUACAGAUAACCGUCGCCGUUUACUGUUGCAACUGAUCAGCCGCGAACAGAACUUUAUCGCAGCGCUGCACUUCGGCAUGCAGCGUUUCGUUCAGCCGUUGCAAGACCGCAAAGAUCUCAUAUCGCCAAAUGAUCAUCGAACACUCUUUCAGAACAUUGACGAGCUGUUGCGCAUCUCCGAGGAUAUACUGGAACAACUGUGCAAUGAUGAUCAGGAACCACAAAUGAACUUUGCCUCCCGUGUGUAUCUUUCGAAAACCACAGCUAUUUGUGCGGCAUAUAAAAAGUAUUGCAAUGGCAUCAAGCGAGCCGACUGUGUACUAGUAAACAAGUCGCGACAAAUGGGCUCGGAGUUUGUAGCCUUCAUUACAGAACCACAAGUGCCGCGAAAACGCCCAGACCUUACGAUGUUUAUUCAUAGACCCUUGCAGCAUUUUCGUGAAAUAUUGAAGCUAAUGCAACUGCUCGCUUCCAACUGUCAUGUCGAUACCGAGGAACAUAAAAAUUUCACUACUGUAAUCGCUGAGCUUCAGGCCGCGUAUCGCGAAAUUACUGUGAGCAGUGGCUUAAUGGAGCCACUUGGCGAAGGCCGGCCUUUGCUCACGUUGCAAGAUCUCGAGUCCCGCAUGGUCUUCACUAAGUGCAAACCAUUCACGCUGGCCGUACAAGGACGCCAAUGGAUAUUUGGUGGCGAUCUGUCACGCGUGGAAGGCCGCUCCGUGAAACCUUACUGGACCCUGCUCUUUAGUGAUAUCAUCGUGUUUGCAAAGGUCAGCCGAGACCGCGUCUUAUUCAUAACCGAGGAGCCUAUUCCUAUUGCGAAUAUUGUAGAUUCCUGUUUUCAUAUGCGUAAAAAAACCACAGAGUUCCGUCUUACAGUCGAUCCGAACGGACGCUUGGCCGAGAGCCCAACCGGCUAUUGUGCACCGGACCUUACUCGCACACCCAAGAAAAGUGCUCGUCGAAAGAGUCUUCUGCUGCGAGCGCCCUCUUUAGAGUUAAAAGCUGUCUGGCAGAAUCUCUUACAACGUCAAAUUUUUUUGGUAAAUGCCGCCCUUGGCUCGACGCCGCUCUCAAGUCCACUAGAUUCUCCCGAUGUGCUUAAUACUCUAGUGCCACUUAGUGAUAUCGGAAUUGCAUCUGCAUCCAUUGGCUCGAUCAAGCACUCAUCCAUGGACAGCAUCAACGCAAAAAACAAUCAGCAACAGAAACGCCAUUCUAACGCAUCGGAGCAAAUCGAAAUGUUAAUCGAUGAAAAGUGUCGUAUCCUAAACAAGACUGGCACUUCCAAGUCGAAUGCUCUUCAUCUUGCCAACUGGAUGAAAGGUCAGCUGGACAAACAACAGGAGCAAGCGAGACUGGCAGCGCAGCGUUCACGCGAGAACAUCAGUCAUGAAGAGGAGCAUUUACUCUAUACGGAAAAUGAUCAAGAUGAGCGUAUAACCUUUUGGACAAGGCAGCAGCUUGAGAAGCGCACCAAAGAAUUAAAUUUGGCCAAAGAAAAUGGUAGUAUGAAGGCCCGGCCAAAUUUCGGCGGCAAACGUUUAAGUGGAGUGGAAGAGCUCAGCAUGAAUGAUGCCUACUCAGAGAACGUAAGUCAGUUGAGCCAAUCUCACAGCACCACUUCAGGUAGUCAGAUCACUGUACGCUCUAGUCCCAUUGUGCUUGAUAAGCUAGCAGUCUGUCGUCAUUGUCAUAAGAAUUGCCAACAAGCCGCUUUGGGUCUUCAACAGACAAUGUCACCCGCUAUGCCCGCCUCACACACGCAACGCUCGGCCAUUGACGCAAUGACCGCCGAAGGUAGUGUAGGUGGUGGUAGUGGCAGCGGACUGGUGUGUACGUCACUGAAGGUGCAACAUAGCCAGUCGUCACCCAAUCGCUGCUGCAGACUCAAUGGAAAUGCUAGUCAGGCUGGCAGCACCACUAGCAUAUCAUCGAGUACUAUCACGGGCGAACAGCCCAGCGAACACUCAUCCAAGGUAGUGGCUAGCAGUAGUAAACGGGAGACCGGUGAUACCGAAAGUGAUGUGGCGCAAUUAAUAACUGACGAUCUUUCGCAAUCAGAGGCUACGGACGAUAGCAUCGGUGGAAUACCAAGUAGCAGCAGUGGAGUCGCCGGUGUCGAUGAAAUGCAACACCGACUCACCGACAGCUUCAGUAAAUUACGAAUUCUAGACGAACAACGUGAGGCUAAAGGUUUGGAUUUCAAGCCUGGACCACAGCCUAUGCCUCGAAUACAGGACCCACAACAUAUUCAACAGACGGUAUUUAUGAAUGGAUAUUGUUUAUCGAGCUCAUCUAGCGGUAAUAGAGACAAUGAAAACAAAGCAGCUAACGACAAAAAACCACAACCACAGCCAAGAACGUACCGGGUUACAUUACAAACUGCUACGAAGGAAACAGCAAAGGAAGCCGCCGACAAACAGGUGAAAACCACUGUUACCAUUACAGAAAGAGCACAAAUAAUCCGUACACAGGAGCAGGAUCGAAUGCAAGAGCAGGAAAGCGCGCAUUUUGUAGAUACGAGUCGCACUACAACGAAAAGCCCCAAAUCUCCACACAUGCCUGUCAUAGUAAAAUCCCCAAAGUCACCUAGCACACCAGCCUCAGCGUCUCGGUUCAUAGCAUGCAAUUGUCAAUGCACACCCGCAGAUUUUGAAAAUACCACACUCAGUCCAGAUGAGGUGGAACAGCAAACUUGCAAACUGAUCGAUUCGCCAAAGCAGUCACCCCAAAUGCCACGGCAACUGCAGUUGCAGGGGUCAGCGAAUAGCAUAAUAACUGAAAAAACGGCCAAGUACUGUAAGUGCGUUUGUGGUGGAAAAUCGUUGGUUACAGCAAAGGAUGAGCACUCAUUAUUCCAAUUUAGCGGUUUAACGACGAGACAAUUUGAUACAAAACUCACACCCACUACUCCGCUGCCGACACCAACAUCUACAUCAGCACCAGCACACCCAUCCGCCUCCAUGUAUGACAGCAACUUCGUGCCCACUAUCGCUGUUGUACCACCCACGCCUGAGGCGUUGCUCACAAUGACUUCGACGAAUGUUUGGGAUAAUAGCGGAACAAAUUUAACAACUAGCACAACAACUCAGCUGCAGUUGAACAACAUCCCCGGCCAGGCGGUUAUUGAAAAUAUUCCAGAAGACUCUUGUGAUGAAUCGCCACUAGACGAAGAACCGCCCUAUCGUCCGAUGAGCAAUGCCCUGCGGCGUUACGGCACCAUGUCCAGCCUGGAGAAACUUCCCUCAGAUGAUCGGAUGGACGGCGACAUAGACGAACUAGAAAAUGAUGAUGAUAAAAGCGAAGUGCCUGGCGAUACUGAAGAAGAUGAUGACGAUCUGGACGAUAAAGCACGUGCCGAUACGGUAGACAAUAUGUGUGAAACUAGCAAGCCUAGCGUAUAUAGCAACGAAGUGGUGGCUGGCGGAUCAUGUGUGCUAGUGGGUGGUGUCUGGACAAGUCGAGCAAGCGGACUGGUGGGCGGCAACAAAAUGUCGUUUUUCGAGGAAUCACGAGCAUUUAUCGAUAAAUAUUUAGGAAGGUGGAAUCAAGAGCAAACAACUUCCUCACCUGCUGCCACUACUUCCGAAACAGACGAACAAGCCGACGAAUGCACCUCGGGUGCCACAUCAGGCGAGGAAGUAUGGGGAACGCCGACAAGUGGUGGAGACAAUGACGACAUGCAUCUAGUAAACUCGGAAAAUACAUAUUCAUCGCCUACCAAGUCAAGCAAUUCACUAAAUGAUGACGACGAUACCGAGCUAAUGAUGGACGAGCUACUCAUGGCGCCACCAAUGACUGCAAGCACUAUUCGAGGACUAUUGCCACGACGUCGCUUAGAGCCACUUUUUGAGGAGGAGACUGAAAGCGAUGAAGAAAAGACCCAGCAGGAAAGUGAAGAUGUUAAAAAGGGGGAAACAACGACAAAUGGCCACUAUUUAAAGGAUUCAGCUGGAAGCUCAAGCGACGAGGAUCUCUCGAACGAGAAGAGCUACGAAUUGGAGCUGGAGGAGGAGAACGAGAACCCAAUGCCAUACGCCCCGAAGGCACCACAUAUACAUGGUCAUAUUCCACCGCCGACGUCAUCAAUCCCGACGAGCUGGGAGCAGGCGUUCGCGCAAUCCCAACCUCCUCAUAUGGCCAGCAAGGUAGCUCUGCCAGUCGGUGUUCUGAAGGCCUCAUCUUGCGAGUACCUACUCGAACAGCGUACAAUGGUCCCACUGCGUACAACCAGCAUUACCAGCAGUCCACCAACAGUGAGAGCCACUUCGGCAACACCAAUGAAAGCAACAUCGCCGCCAUCGGCGAAAGUAGAAGUGGAAUUGGAGGCGGCGUCACAGCAGACUGUCACGAUGCAAGUGGAGAUGAAAGCGACGAUGAGGAGUACUACUACUAUGAUGAUGACGACGACGCAGAUGAUCAAGACGCCUCCCUCAUCGAUUUCUACAACAAUCAACAGCGCGAGCGCCAGUAUCGUGAAAAGCAGUUGCAACAACGGCAGUGGGAGUACCCAAACUACAUCCACAACAACUGUACGACCGGCGAAAUUCGUACCGCCGCCGCCUCCACCGCGCCGACUAUUACUAACACAAACAAAUUUGCAGACAAGUGGCAUAGACAUGCCGAAGGCGCCAGUACCACCUCAACGAAGUUCUGGCGCUUCUGCUGACGUUGGCUACUCAGCGGAUGUAAGCACCGCCGACGAAAGUACAAAUGCAACGCGCGCAGCCGCUAUGCCUAUCACAAAAGUAGCACCGUUGGCAGCGAUGGGGAAGGUGACAGCGAACCAGAAAGCAGCCGGUGGCAAUCUGCGUUCUGCUGUCGCCGCAGCCGUACCAAAGCGGGUGUCUUCAACGAUAAUAGAGACAUCACUGCUGGGAUCAGGCACCGGCAAGGCAGCCUCCAGAUUAUCAACAACAGUUUCGAAGACGACGAAGGAGUCAUUGCAGGGGGAGCGACAACAACAAACGCAUCCGUUACAGAAAAUCCCAACCGAGGUAGUGAUGAAAUCAACGGUAGCGCGAUGCGGCAACGAAAGUUCAAAAUCGGACGUUGUCCCAACACCCAUUGGUUCGGGCUUAAGUCCGCGUCUAGAAAUGCGAUUGGCACUCAAUCACGACAUUCUCGGCGACGAAGACUUAAUUUGUUACGAUCCUGGUCCGGAUCUAACAAGAAUAUUGGGGCACGACCUAUCCACAUUUCAGCGACGGACGGGUCGCGAUUUAUUGAGUCGUUCAGCAACGAAUCGCGUUCAGCCAAAAGAGGCUGUCAUAUCGUUCUCUCAACAGCGAAACUCGAAGAUGGACACUCCGACUGUGAACCGACGUCCACGUCCGAAUUACGGCAACGUCAGCACUUCUCCAACGACAGGUUUGGUUGGUGGCGCACGCGUCGGCGGCGCUCCACAACCCCUGCUGCCAAAUCGAAAUACAUGGAGCAAUUCUGUAUCUGCGGAUCAGAACAGCGGCGCCUACGCAAAAGGCGACGAAAGCAGCAAAAACUACAAUUACAGCAGCGACGAGAGCAAAUUAAGCGAUCUCGAAAUCUUAGCGAGACGCGAGAAGACAUAUUGCAUGUCUCAAUUGAAGAGUGGCUCACGAGUCAAGACGAAGACGACGGCGACAACAACCACAAUGACAAUGGAAACAAUGAACAGAGAUUCCUUGACAAGUCCUCAAGCGACGAGGAAGAGUACUUCUUCGAUGGGCAUGGAGAUUGAGACUGCUAAUGUGCGAUCACGUAAGAUCGGGCGUGAUGAGAGUGCGUUGAUUGAAGCGGGCAAAGGAUCUCGACUAAUUAACUUCAUAAAACGACGCAACUCAGAAAGCCCGACUUCUCCGAACUGUUCUCAAAGCUCACUAAGUGAAUCUAACGCAAGUGGUACACCAGUCCAUCGCCUUGCGGUACAAAUGUCACCACGAAAAGAUAAUGAUAAACCUUCGCUAAAUCGCCGUCUGUGGAAGCAGAUCACUAAACGACGGCGCGCCAAUUCUGUCUCGGAAGUAGUUGCCAGCUAAUUUUACACACACAAAUGUCGUCAUGGGUGAUGAAUGCAAGAGCUAUACGCACGAUUCCACCGCUACACGUCCCGGGCUAAAUGUAUCCAAUUUCCUUAGUGGUAGAUAUCAUUUCCAAAGCGACCUCUAUAGACUUAAAAAAAGCGAAAUAAUCGAGAAAGCAAAGUAUUGGAAUAUUUUUUGUAGAACGUAAGCGUAGUUGUUGUUGUAAUUCAGUAGGACCGGUUAUUUCUAGACAAGUUGACUCUUCGAAAGAAUAGUGGUACAAUGUUUGGAUAUUUGUAGAGUAUUAAACGUAUUUUGAUAGAUUUGUAAGCGUCAAAAACUGACUUAGUGAAGACAGAGCAUAAGCAAGCGAUCGGUAACGUAAUCAUAUUACACAGAAAUUACCAAAUAAAUCGGCGUUAGGAACAUUUUAAAUUCGGAAUAUUUUAUUAAGCAAAGCAUAGGUUAUUUUCGGUGCACUUAACAAUAAAUCUCGGGUGUGUGGGUGCGUGUAAAUCCGACAAGUUGUACAUGCGGUUUUAAGUAUUUUUUAAUAAAGUUAGGUGGUUCUACUUAUAUACGAUUAUGCACGCAGAAAACAAAUAAAUAGUAGGUAUAGAACUUUGUCCAAUUUAAUGCAAAUCGGUCCAUUUAUUUGCGCUUCUUGUGCAGUGAUAACACGCUUGUCCAUAAUUUAUUGCACAUGCACAUACGUCACUAAAAGACUCAGCAACUUCCUGCCAUUGAAGGUUUACUAUAAAUGAAGACGAAAGUAGUAACAAAAAGUUUACAUAUAAACGGAAAAUUACAGAUAAAAUAAUUUAAUUCAAUCUCAUAUAACAUUUUAUGCUGUUUACUGAUUUUUGGGAUUAGGCGCGGUGAAGCAAACUUUGGUUGGAAUAUUCAUGAAAAUAGUAAUGGCAACUAAUCCGGUAAUAAAGUAAAUGCAAUAUGUAGUUUGCGGCUUUUUCUGCAGUUUAGGGGUUUCAUUGAGCUUUUGUAAGUGUGCAAAAUGCCAGACCAGAAGUAUAAUGAAAAUAGAAAAAGUGCCAUCCUCAGCUUCUAUAAGUAAUCAAUUAGACAAGCGUAUUUAAUAACUUUAAGCUAAUAGAUUUCGCAGCUUUCCGGCGAACACGGUGGCUUAAUACUACACGCUAAGUUGUGGAAAGUUCAAAGAAGAUGAUAAUACAUAACAUUUUAUUAUUAAUGAUAUUCGAAUGCAACUGAAAUAUAUUAUAAAUUUCAAUUACUUUAUAAAUGCAGAGAAGUACUCGGACAUUCAUUCGAAUUUUUAAAUUAAAGACAAUUAAACAAAAACUCAAGUUUAAGCUUUAACGAAAAAAUCGGUAAAAACAAAAUAUUUCAAAUUUAUUAGGUAUUUUGAAUACAUAACUGCAUUGAUAUUGAAUUAAUUCAAAUUUUACGGUAUUUAAAAUUGGAAACAGUCCACGAAUGAAAAACCUAAAAACAUAGCUAUAAAAACAGUACAACUGUUUAUUAUGAAUAAAUAACUAUAGAGAUAAGGGAAGAAUAAUGCAUAAAACUAUUUAAGAGAAAAUCAUAUUGCUGUAAUCAAAAUGGAUAUUUUUUUUAUUAGAAAACUUCGGUAACGAUAAUAUUUGAAAGCAAUUCUUUAACAUUGAAAUUUUUUUAAAACAUUCCUUAAUUGGAAGCACUUAAAUUCUUUACGGAAUAGAUGUUAUGUAGCAACUUGGUGGAGAGUUUUUGGUAUUUUUACUGUUUAGCACUUUGUUCGUGUGGGUGUCUUUAAUAAAUUUAUGAUCAAGUAUAAUAUUUCGAAAUAUAUAAGAUUAACAUA